AUGAACCCAUCCUCUGCCGACUCGCCGCGGCAGCCAGACAAUAGCAGCCGGAAACAGCAGCAGCAUCGGGCCUCGUCUCCGGCCGGCCUCAAAGACGGCGGAUCUAAGGCUUCACAGAAGGGCAGCAACUCGUCAAAGCCCAUCACGUCAAAGCAAGGGGGAGGUGGGGGAGGAGGGGGAGGGAGAAGUAGCCGAGGUCAUUCUCCCGUCUCCACAGCUACAGGCAGAGACAGGCAGGCCGGCGGGGCUUCAGCCUUGAGAGGUGCGGCUGCUGUCCAGGCUGCUGGUGCUGAAAGCCCGACGCUGAGCAGGGCGACGGCGGCGGAGCGGGGCGGCGGCCAGACAUCCGACGACUCCUCCCGCUCGGUUUCAGACGCCUCGCCGCCCUCAAGAGCAGAGCAGAGCCGCGUCGUCUCCGACCAGCCGUGCGCUUCUAAAUCCCCCAAACUGAGGACCAAAAACCCAAAAGGAGGAGAGGCCGCCGCGGCGACAAGCGGCGGCAAGAAGAGCUCCAAAAGCACAGUAGGCUGCGGACCCGGCUUCUGGAAAGAGGGAUGCUUGCAGUCCGAGCUGAUACAGUUUCACUUGAAUAAGAGCCUGGGGAAGAAAGGGACAAAGAUGCAGGCCAAAUCAGCAUCCCCGCCGUCCUCGGAGCCGGAGCUGUCCCCGGAGCCCGGUAGUCCACAGCCGACUCCCCAGCCAGACCAGAGGCUGCAGGAAGAGAUUGAGAAGCUGGAGGACGAAAACGAGGACCUAAAGAAUGAAAUCGAAGAGAUGCGAGCAGAGAUGGAUGAGAUGCGGGACACCUUCUAUGAGGAGGAUGCCUGCCAGCUGCAGGACAUGCGCAGAGAGCUGGAGAGAGCCAACAAGAACUGUCGGAUCCUCCAGUACCGGCUGAGGAAGGCGGAGAGGAAGAGGCUCAGGUUCGCAGAAACUGGCGAGGUGGAUGGAGAGCUGCUCAGGAGCCUGGAGCAAGACCUGAAGGUGGCAAAGGAUGUGUCUGUGCGUUUGCACCACGAGUUGGAGAACGUGGAGGAGAAGAGGACAAAGACAGAGGAGGAGAAUGAGAAGCUGAGGCAGCAGCUGAUAGAGGUGGAGGUCACCAAGCAGGCGCUGCAGAAUGAGCUGGAGAAAGCCAAAGAGCUCUCACUGAAAAGAAAAGGAAGUAAGGAUGGGCAGAAAGCAGAAAGAAAGACACCACAGACGCCAAUUGAGGAGGAAAAUGAGGACCUGAAAUGCCAGCUUGCCUUCAUCAAAGAGGAAGCCAUCUUAAUGAGGAAGAAGAUGGCCAAGAUUGACAAGGAGAAGGACCGUCUGGAGCAGGAGCUGCAGAAGUACCGUUCCUUCUACGGGGAUGUGGACAGCCCUCUGCCUAAAGGGGAGGCCGGCGGGCCUCCCACCACCCGCGAGUCUGAGCUGAAACUCCGCUUACGUCUGGUGGAGGAGGAGGCCAACAUCCUGGGGAGGAAGAUUGUGGAGCUGGAGGUGGAGAACAGAGGGCUGAAGGCCGAGCUGGACGACAUGAGGGAGGACAGCUUGGCGGCAGCAGGCGUGGAUGGUUCUGGCAGUGGAGGUCAUCAGUCCAGGGAGCAGGGGGAGGCCCUGUCAGAGCUGAGGCAGCAGCUCCAGCUGGUGGAGGACGAGGCAGAGCUUCUCCGCAGGAAUUUGGCUGAUGUGGAGGAGGAGAAUAAAAAGGUGACUAGUGAGCUUAACAAGCUGAAAUACAAGGCUGGAUCCCAUGAAGCUGGGUCAAGACACGGAGGAGGAGGAGGAGCUGACCCUGCUAAAGUGGAGGCCCUCCAGGAGGAGCUGAAGGCGGCGCGUCUGCAGAUCAAUGAGCUGAGUGGCAAAGUGAUGCAGCUUCAGUACGAGAAUCGUGUGCUGCUUUCCAACAUGCAGCGCUAUGACCUGGCCUCCCACCUGGGGAUCCGCGGCAGCCCGCGAGACAGCGACGCCGAAAGCGAUGGAGGACGGGAUGACGACACGCCCUCGGCCUCGGCCUCCUCCCCUCGCCUCCUCCCACCCCACCGCAAGCGUGAGGGCCCCAUUGGAGGUGAGAGUGACUCCGAUGAGGUCAGGAACAUCCGGUGCCUCACCCCGACACGCUCCCUCUACUCUCCUGUGGACAGCCGUUUUUUAUCCCGAAGCCUGAAGGACCGGCAGCAGAUGAUCGACAUCCGCAUCGAGGCAGAGAGGCUGGGCCGGACCAUCGACAGGCUCAUCGCUGACACCAGCACCAUUAUCGCCGAGGCCCGUGUCUACGUCACCAACGGGGAGCUGUUUGCCCGGCUUGAUGAAGAUGAGGAAGGGGGCAGGAUCAGGGAGCAUGAGCUGCUGUACCGUAUCAACGCCCAGAUGAAAGCCUUCAGGAAGGAGCUGCAGAGCUUCAUCGACCGGCUGGAUGUUCCCAAGCCGGAGGACAAAAAUGCAGAGGAACCACUGUCUAUGUUUCAGCCCAUUAUUUUGCUGAUCCUCAUUCUUGUUCUGUUUUCCUCACUCUCUUAUGCCACCAUUUUUAAAUUGGUAUUCCUUUUCACCCUCUUCUUUGUCCUGUAAAGCACAUUAACGAUAGCAUAUUAUGUACACCUUUAUUUUCUUUUGUUUUAACUUAUUCAUUCAUUUCCGAUUUUUGUUAUGUUGAACGCAUAUCACAUAAGGUCACUCAAGGUACAGGACACGUUUCAUUUUCCACGUUUGACCCAAGACACUCAUCUACUCAGACGCUUUCCACUUUUUCUGUAUUGGA